CAAGGCCAACAAAACCCCCAAGAUUCCUGCUUCCGAUUACAUGCAUUGCAAAUAGGGUUGGUAGGUCAUUGUACUGUAGGUAGGUAAAUUUUAUUUUUGUUGCCAUUUUGUUUGUGUACGAUCAUAUGGAGGCUAGGCGUCUGCAUGUAGUUAAAGACUUUGUACACAACCGUUGGAGUGGCAUCAGGAAACUAUUUCCUAUUUCUGUAUAAUUUGUACCCGCCGUCCGUCGAGCUCCUCUACACUUUAUGUACAUGGGCUAAAUCUGUGUCAGUCAGGUCGUGAUCUGUUUUAAAACGCCCCAAGUCGAGCAGCUCACCCGGAUUGACUCGGGAAAAGGCAGAUGGGUAUCAUUGGCAACCUUUUUGCUGUCUACUCGUCUGAGAUUCUCAUUACAUGUUACUCUAAAAGACAUCAUCAGUAAGCCCCCUCUGACAACCAGGGAAAUGGUCAGUGCUGGCAAAUUCUAGUAAGAAAACCAGAAAUUUGGAUUAGAAAAGCAGCAAGAUGGAUGGACCAGACUUUGGAAGCGACGUGCGUGAUCGUCGUCAUGAUCCUUUGGCCAUGGAUCAAACAGCCGGCCGACCUGAAAAUGGCUACGUAGAUAUAACCGUCCCGCAGAACACCGGUUGCCCAGCAAAGCUUAAGAGCUUCUGUUUCAAGAACAUGGACUGGGUGAGGCGUGUAAGCGUAGAACCAGCACUCCUUAUUGUCAUGAUAACAAUGGGGUUAACGGGUGGCGUGUCCAUCCAGUAUGUCCAGCACCGCAUCUACGAGAACUACAACAUCUCCGGAGGGUCGGGGGGUCCUUGCUCGAACCAGUCGGCCAAUCAGUCAGCAGCGGAGAAGGAUGCGGCAGAUCAAGCAGCAUCUGAGUUGAACGGCUUCAAUGUCAUAUCGGGCUUUGCCGGGGGACUGCCGGCACUGUUUGUGACACUGAUCAUCUCUGCAGCUAGCGACCGAGUCGGUCGUAAGCUGCCGCUCCUGUUGCCCGUCGCAGGCAUGCUGUUGGGGACUUGUGUCUUCUUAGUUGUCUCCAUCCUCCAUCUGCCGAUUGUCGUCAUCCUCAUCUCCAACGUGGUUCUUAGCUUCACAGGGGGAUACCCUUUGUUCUUUAGCGGCUGUUCUGGAUACGUGGCAGACACGACAGCCAAGAAAGACCGUACGUUUCUGUUUGCCUUACUGUUCACACUGGCCCUGGUUGGUUCGGGGAUAGCCGGCAUCGGCGCUGGGUAUUGGAUCAAAGGUGGUGACUUCACUGAUCCUUUCUGGUUGGCGUUUGCACUGCAACUAGCCAUUUUGUUGUACCUCAUGUUUUGGGUUCCAGAGACUGUUGACACUUCGAAGUCUGAGUCCGAGUCUGAGACCACAGAGCCAAAGUCUUCCAAACUAUCAGCGGUCUGGAAGGGCCUCUCGGGUAUUCUUGGGGUUGCUGAGGAGGGUCGUCGAGUAUGGCUCUUGUUGGCUCUCACUGUCCUGUUUCUUGUAAUGGGGGUAUUUGGUGCCAUCAACAGUAUUCUGUUUGUGCGACUUCUGAGCUUUCCGUUCUGUUGGACUUCUGUGCUGAUUGGGUAUUUCAACGCAUCCAAGCCAUUCAUCAAUGGACUAGGCCUUACACUUGGAUCCCGCUACCUGACCAAGUGUCUUCAAGACUACGCAGUCAUUCAGCUGGGUCUCCUAUCUACACUGGGCAUGCUCAUCAUCAUUUGCCUCAGUACAGAGACUUAUGGCAUGUUUCUGGUGAACGUGGUUGGAUGCCUGCAUGCACUGCCGCCUGCUAUCCUCAUGGCCAAGAUGUCCAAAAUCAUUGAGCCGUCACUGCAAGGUGCCUUGUUCUCACUGACCGGGACCACAGAGAGUCUCGCCAACCUGCUUGGGCCGUUCAUGCUGGGUCUCAUCUAUCAGGGAACCCUGAACACAUUCCCAUUGACCGUCUUCAUUGUCAUGAUAGGCUUGACCGCCCUCACUAUGCUCAUUGUUGGGGUACUGAUGUUCAUGGAGUCUCAGUCUCCGAACAAGCUGGUUUAUGAACAGCUCCAAACAGACGGCGAAACGGAGGACGAUGAGGUGGUAGGUUAAUGUCAGUGACAAGAAAGAAACGAGCAAACUUGAGCCAGGUCUGCCUAGCAUCUCAUGCCUGUAUGCUCAAGGGCAGGGAUGUAGCCGAGUCCAUCACAAGUCCCUGCAAGUCCAUCACAAGUCCUCCAGUCCCACUUUGACUCACAAGCUAUUCAAAUGAGCUUUGACAAAGGCAUUCCUUUGUUAUUGUUCAUCCACGGUUACUUGUGACUGGACUUGUGAUUAACUUCCGAUGGACUUGUGACGGUCUCCCCUAGAUCCCUGCUCAAGGAGCCACCUAUUGUCCAGAAUAACUUUCAUGGUGUGGUGGUUGUUUGUUAGUAGGUGCAAUGUUUUGCCAGUACUGAAAUGGCAAAAGCUUGGAGAAGAGGAAUUGUAUUUUACCAUAUUGCAAUGAAGUAGAUGAAUUUUUUAUAGUUGUGAAUACAUGUACAUGCACAUGUAGGUGAUAAUAUGGGAUAAAUAAUAAUAAUAUUAAUAUUUUAAUAAAUUAUAACUGUGCCCGCCGAUACAUUUUAUCAGUACUACACAGCAACCAUUUUACUUGAAUUUUAAAUGUAGAUAAUAUCUUGAUUGAAAAUGGGUUUAUCAAAUUAUUCUCUCUUUCAGUGAAUUAUCACAAAAUAUUAACAAACAGGUAAGAAAUGUAAGAUUCUGCUAUGAAACUACUUGAUGUUCGAAACUGGUUCAAGUAUAAUGGGAAAUACAAUAUUUCACAUAAAUGUAAUUUAAAUUUUAAGGUAUUUCAGACUUGAGGGGGAGUGAAAUAUUUUUAGAAAAGGACUUGUCAUGGACCUCAGCCAGAAGAACAUUCUUCACAGCCUGUGAUUCUGAUAAUUUUACUAUACCAAACAAUUGUUGGGCAUUUUGUAAAUAUAGACAUGUACAAUUGUGAAGAUACAUGUGAGAAUUAAUUUUUGCACUUCACUGCCUUAUAUUCUUCUUUUUUUUCAUUGAUGUGACAUGUAUUUUUUAAUUGAUUUA